ACGAGUCAGCGCGCACUUCUGAUCGAGACCCGUCUCCAGACCAGGAGAAGCUCCUCCGGAACGAACCCAAAACAAGCGGAGUGUUCUUGUGCUCUUUUCCCUCUUUUACGGAUCCCAGAAACAAACUCAUUCUGUCCAACAUGCCCGUCGAGAGGAUGAGGAUGAAGCCGUGGAUCGAGAAGAAGAUCGAGUCCAACUCCAUCUCAGGCCUGAGUUGGGUGGACAGGGAUAAGAAGAUAUUCUCCAUCCCCUGGAAGCACGCCGCUCGCCACGGCUGGGAGAUGGAGAAGGACGCCGUCCUGUUCAAACAGUGGGCCAUCCACACAGGGAAACACGUGGAGGGCCAGGAGUGUGACCCCAAGACGUGGAAAGCCAACUUUCGCUGUGCGAUGAACUCGCUGCCCGACAUCGAGGAGGUGAAAGAAAAGAGCGUCCACAAAGGGCACCAAGCGGUGCGCGUGUUCCGGAUGCUGCCCGCCCGCCCCAAAUCUAGAGAUAAACGAUGCAAAGGGAAGGAGACAAAGGCCAGGAGGAAGAACUCAAGGAUCAAGAAGGAGGAGGAGGAUGACAGCGACGCCCCCACGUACGAGUCCAUGCAGCUCGCCCCGUCCACCCAGGAGAACACGGUGGACAGCACGGUGCAGACUGACAUGCUCGGUCUCCCCGUCUUGCCUCUGUCCGAAGUCCCCGACUGGAGUUGUUCGAUGGACAUCGACUCCGGCUUUACAAACAACUUCUGCCAGCGGUUCGAAGUCUCCCCCGAGCACAGCUCCGACUUUGACUACACCGAGGACAUUGUGCAGAUUUGUCAGCAACUAGAGAAAGACCCACACUGCCGGAUGGGGGGCAUGGACGGCACGGGCUUCCUGAGCAAUGAAGCAUGCACUAGUCCAGGCAGCCAUUGGAGCGAAUCGUCCUCAGUGGACGAGCUAGAGGAGACGCCGCAGUAUCUGACCCUGGGCUCGGACAUGGCGCCGGCCACGGACAACAUAUGGAGGAGCUUCUUUCAGCAGUCGUGAUGAGGGACAGGAGAGCGCUGUUUGACACUUCGGGACUUUUUCAAUCGAGCUCAUCCUGCCCCCCCCCCCCCCCCCCCCCACUGAGAGCGUGCUGUCGGUGGAGCAGUCAGAGGACUCUGGUCUUAAGUCUCUGCUGCAGAAGAGGGACUCUGUUUUUUUCCUGAUGCUUUUGGCUGGUUCAAGGCAUUUCUGAUACUGGGUUUCUCUUUGUGAUGAUUGGUUGUAUAUCAUACUCAUAUUUACCUACUGGGUGGUGUUUACCCCUCAAUACAUUACAUAAUCAGUGCGCUUAACAUGGGACAGCUAGUCAUCAUAUAAAGGAGUCCUUCACUUGGUAUCAUUCCUUUCUGUUUUUGUGUACAUAAGUUUUAGUUUAGUUCAGAAAAACGUCUUAACUUUUGAUAAAAGCUGCACUUCAGAAUCCUUCAGAAACUGAAGUCAACGUAUGUAUAUAUCGGUUUGUGUUUGUGUGUGGUUUUGUAAAAUAAAUCUAAAUGUGAACAAA